UCUGUCAGAGACAUAUCAAGAAUACUGUAUCUCAUCCAAUCUUAUUAACCAUGAAACGAAGUAUUUUCCUUCUCCUCUGCAACACCCUGCUAGCUUUGGCUAAGGCUCAAGCACCCAUACUCCCAGUAGCCACUGGCUGUCGCUGCCCACAAGUUAGUAAGAGUAUCCCCAGCCUAAAAUCGUUUGAGAAACUUGAUGUGAUUCUUCCCAGUACUACAUGUUCACGCCCUGAGAUCAUAGGCACAAUGAAGGAUACUAAGGAACAAGUAUGUCUGAAUCCAGAUACCCCAACCAUGAAGAUUGUACUGAAAGCAAUUAGAAGGACAAGGUCUUAAACAGCUCCUGUCCACAACUGAAGAAGACACAUACUCCUCAUGUGGCUGGCAAGGGUUAACUAGAAUGAAGCCCUCCCAUAUAUACAGAGAAGAGUCAAGCACCAACUGUCUCUAGUACUUAAUCACCAAUCACAAAUAAUCAACUGGCUACUUUUAAAAAAAAAUCUGUUUAGCAACAGAAACUCUAGUCCUGUAAUUCCUGAUCUUGUGGUGUUUUUAAGUGAGUGAUAUUUAAGUCAUUUUGUUUGUUUUUGUUUUUGUUUUUUGGUGGGGGGGACAGGGCAAUGAGGGUUAAAUGACUUGACCAGGAUCA